AUGCAGCCCAGAGCAGGUCAAUCCCGGACACAAGUAGCUCGACCUGCCGCUCGGUACAGGCCGGGCAAAAGCCUAGCGGGCCAGACAGGCGAGCGCUACUCUUCCGACGAGGGGUCUUCGGGUGACGAAGCGCCAGGAAGAGCAUCAAAUUCCGCUCAAAAUGACACAGGCUUGACCUACUUUCAAGUCGGGCCCAGUUCGGGAAUUGGAUCGGCCAAAAAGGACAUCACGCUAGAUCUGAAAGAUGUCAGAGUGGGAGGGGAGCAAGCAGAAGAGGAGAGCGAGUACGAGACGGACACGGAUGAGGAACAAGGAGUCAAGGCUCCUGGCUUGCCGCCUUCGAGAGCAGGGAUCGGGAGAAUGCCGCCAACGAAGAAGGGGAGCAGCGAGGAGUACGAGACGGACACGGGCUCGGACGAGGAGGAGUCUUCUGAAGAAGAAGAAGAAGAGAAGAGACCAAUGAUGGUCAAACCCAUCUUUGUCCCAAAGAGCAAACGAACCACUACUGCGAUGCCUCCAGACAUGCCCAGCAGUGAUCAGGCUCAUGCAGUGCCACAAAAGACGGAGGAAUCACUAGCGCCUUUACAAACGCUCGACGUAGAUGCUCUGGCGGAAUUGAAAGAGGCAGAAAAGCAGAAGCAACGGAAGUUGCAAAGUCAGCAGCUGGCGGCGCAGAGCAUUGGGAGACAGCUUCUGGAAAAAGCAGCAGCUGAAGCCGUGCCGGAUCUGGACGACACUGAUGGGCUGGAACCCGAAGAAGAGUUUCAAUCCUGGAGGUUACGAGAGCUGGAGCGUCUAGCUCGCGAGCGAUCUAAAGCUGACGCUGCCCAAGCCGAAAAGGCCGAAAUUGAGCGUCGUAGAGCGAUGCCUUCCGCUCAAAGAGAUGCGGAGGACAUAGCGCAUGCAGAAAAGACUCGGCAAGAGAAACUGGAGAGGAGGAGGGAAGCUUUAGCCCUUGCUUCGGCCGACGGAGGGGGCGAAUCUUCUUCUGCUGUCGGCGCGGGUGGCAAGUAUUACCACAAGGGUGCAUUCUAUCAGGGCGGUCCCAAUGAAGACGAUGAGAUUUUCAAGAGAGAUUAUCAAGGACUUACGGAAGGACAAGUGGAUAUGAAGCUGUUACCAAAGGUGAUGCAGGUCAAAGACUAUGGCAAAAAGGGAAGGAGCAAAUAUACCAACUUGAAAGAUCAAGACACGAGCAGAUCAGGCAAAGAUCCCAGAUUCGAGCAAAGGCGCAACGGCGAAGCUGGGCAAGGCUGCUUUCGAUGCGGCGGAGAUCACCUGAAGAAGGAUUGUCCAGACACUCGGCCGGAUUCCCACGAAAGAGGACCUGCAAGUAGAACCUCGACAGGCGCCAACUCAUACCGAGCAGACGGCAGGCGGAGAGAGUGGGGCGGUGAAGUUAGAGACGGAGAGGGCAUGGUCGCACGCUUAGAAGGACGAAGAGAAGACUUAGACCGGCAUAGCCGCGACGACAGGUACCGCAGCACACCGACUGAGCGAGAACGGCAAGACGAUAGACGGCAUCGACCUCAAGAUGAAGAUCGAGAAAGGGACUAUGGAAGUAGACGAGACCGUUCAAGAGAGCGUUCCAAGUCGGACAGACAUGGUUCGCGCUAUGAUGACCGAUCGCGCGACGCUUACGAUUCGCGGUACCACGGGUCGGACCGCCGAGAAUCUCGAAGACACCGCGAUAGCCGCGACGAACCCUACGAGGACGCCCAUGCUCGGAAGCGCAGACGAAGCAGAAGUCGGAGUCCGCGAUAA